ACUUCCAGCCAUUCGCUCGGCCAUUAUCAAUCGAUCAGAGAGAAGAAGAUGGCGGCGCGUCGAGGCUGAGCGCUGAGAUCGAUCACCGAAACACUCGAUUGCACGGAUCAGCUGAAGUCGGGGGAAAGCUAGAAACUCAUCCGUUAUAUGAGGAUACUGUUGCUUAAAGCACUGUAGUCCACUCCAUCAGUUAUGGACUUUCCUUGGCAUAGUGGGAAGGUUCUUGGUCAGCUUAAUGAACAACGUCAGUUGGGUCUUCUUUGUGACUGCACUUUUGUGGUGGAUGGAGUAGACUUCAAGGCCCACAAGGCUGUGCUGGCAGCAUGUAGUGCUUACUUCCGCACACUCUUUUUGGACCAGAAAGAUGUUGUUCAUCUUGAUAUCAGCAAUGCUGCAGGUCUUGAGCAGGUCCUUGAGUUUAUGUACACUGCAAAGCUGACUUUAAACCCUCAGAACAUAGAGGACGUUCUUGUUGUAGCUACUUUCCUUCAGAUGCAGGAAAUUGUCAAUGCUUGUUCAGCUUUUCAGUCCUUGACUGUCCCUGCAUCAUCUAAACCUGUAGUAGUGACUGAGCCGGUGGAUGAACAGCUGCAAACUGUGAGAAAACCGGAGGAUUUGAGUUCCCAGGAGGAGCAGGAGAGUCAUUCAAUGACUCAGAAUGCAGUUUCUGAAGAGAAGGAAGCUCCUGUACAGUCAGAGACAACAGAAACCCAGGAGGCUGCAAGUGACACGACUGAGAAGCAAAGCUCAAAGACUCUGAGAGCUGUCAGCAAAAUUAGUGGGCCACCUAAAACGAGACAAAAAAAGGCUGGUGUUGUGGAUUCCAAGACUGAAACAGAGGAAGAAAUAGCCACGAAAGAAAUUCCACAAUAUGAAGAUGACCCUUCUGAUGCUGACUACACCCCUAAAGUCUCUCAGAGGGCGGCAGCUAAACGGUCAUAUGUUAGCACAAGGAGAAGCAAGUCGAAAUAUGCAACUGUUCACACGUCCACAGAAGUUGAUGACGCUGAGGAAGGUAUGUCAAAAGCUGAGAGCGUGGAAAACAUGAUAGAAGAGGAGGAUGCAGAGGAUGAAGGAGACACAGAGGAAGAGGAAGAAGCAGAAGAGCAGAUGGAGACACAGGAUGAAGAAUCAUCGGGUUCGGAUGGGAAGAAGUCUGCAGUUGCGGCCGAGCGUAGUGAGUCCAGAGCGUACGGCUCCAUCACACACAAAUGUGAGGACUGUGGGAAGAAGUUUACACACACAGGCAACUUUAAACGUCACAUGCGCAUUCACACUGGUGAGAAGCCAUUUAGUUGCAGAGACUGUAAUAAAUCCUUCUCAGACCCAGCUGCCUGCAAAGCACACGAGAAAACACACAGUCCUCUAAAACCAUAUUGCUGUUCUACGUGCGGAAAGAGUUACCGGCAAAUCAGUCUGCUAAACCUGCACAGGAAGCGACACACAGAUGAGGCGCGAUACAGCUGUGAGGAUUGUGGGAAGCUCUUCACCACUUCUGGAAACCUGAAGCGGCAUCAGUUGGUGCACAGUGGAGAAAAACCCUACCACUGUGACUACUGCGACCGAGCCUUUUCUGACCCCACUGCCAAGAUGCGACAUCUAGAGACCCACGACACAGACAAAGGUCACAAAUGUCAACACUGUGACAAGAAAUUCAACCAGUUGGGCAACCUGAAAGCACAUCUGAAGAUCCAUAUUGCAGAUGGACCACUUAAGUGUAAGGAGUGUGGGAAACAGUUCACCACCUCAGGCAACCUGAAGAGACACCUGCGUGUGCACAGCGGUGAGAAGCCUUUCAUUUGUAUGCACUGCCAGAGAGCAUUUGCUGACCCCGGGGCCUUGCAGAGACACGUGCGCAUCCACACAGGAGAAAAGCCCUGCCUGUGUCUGAUUUGUGGAAAAGGCUUCACGCAGGCCAGUUCACUCAUAGCUCAUGUUCGCCAACACACUGGGGAGAAACCGUAUGUGUGUGACCGUUGUGGAAAAAGGUUUGUCCAGUCCAGCCAGCUGGCCAAUCACAUCCGUCACCAUGACAAUAUCCGACCACACAAGUGCCACACCUGUAACAAAGCGUUUGUCAAUGUUGGAGAUCUCUCAAAACACAUCAUCAUUCACACAGGAGAGAAACCUUUCCUGUGCGAUAAGUGUGGCAGAGGAUUCAACCGUGUAGACAAUCUGCGUUCCCAUGUGAAGACGGUGCACCAGGGGAAGGCAGGCAUGAAGAGACUGGUGGUGGCUGAAGAGGACGAGGAAGAGGAGAAACUGCUGCCGGACUCUGCACCGGACUCAGAGCUCAAUAAUGAGGUCAACAUCGUCACAGUCACUACAGAUGACAUUGUUACUUUAGCCACAGAGGCUCUGGCUGCCAGUGCUGUAGCACAGCUCACAGUGGUACCAGUGGCAACCUCUGUAUCUGCAGAUGAAACAGAGGCACUGAAAGCAGAGAUCACCAAAGCAGUGGAGAAAGUACAAGAAGCAGAUCCCAACACCCAGAUCUUGUAUGCAUGUGACUCAUGCGGUGAGAAGUUCCUGGAUGCCAGCUCCCUCGCCCAGCAUGUGCGCAUUCACACUGCCCAGGCCCUGGUCAUGUUUCAGGCAGAUUCUGACUUUUAUCAGCAAUAUGCAGGUGACGGGACAUGGCAAACCACCGAGCAGGUCAUCCAGGGAGGCGAGCUCUUGUUCCGGACACGGGAGGAGGACGGUGAGGAAGGAGAAGGAGCUCUAGCCCAGGCAGAAUCUCAAACUGAGGGGGCAGAGGAGGAGACCAGUACACAGGCAGAGACAGAGGAAGGGUCUGGAAAAGUGAAGUCUGAAAGCCAAGGACAUUGAAGAGUUUCUGACCUGAAUCGAUCCAAAGGAUGGAGUUCAGGCUGUCACAAAGUGUGCUAUUCCUAACAUGCUAUAAUAAAACACACUCUACUAGAUAGAUGCCAUAUCUCAAACCGCAGCACAAUAUGUGUACAGCAUAUUAAAAUUACAUUGUAUAGAGUUAAAUUUAAAUAAAUAUGACAAGAAAAAAAUGUAAUUAAAUAUGAACAAAACAAACCUAAUUUGUAUGCUGUUUGUCAGACUUUUUAAUACUAGUGUCUCCAUGUAUAUGUCCUAUGCUAGAUCAUGUAUUCUCUUACUGAAGCCAAUUAAACAUGACUGUCCUACAAAUUUCAGUUUUCCACAAAUCAGCUACAGUACUGAACUGUUAUUUAUUGAUUUAUUAGUGAUUCUUUUGUUUGUGGAGUUUAAUCAUUUUCUAUUUGAGCUUAAUACUGCUUGACAUAAACAUUAAACCGCUGAUUUUAACUGUAUGCUUGUCAUUUUCAUGACAUGUAGAAGCUGAAGAAACUCACAAUAAACACUUUUAAAUGCUCU